CUGAAGGCAAUGUCGGGAAAGAUGUGCAGCAGCAACACCGUUGUUCAGGCACAAAAACUGGUGGAUCAACUACGGGUCGAGGCAAGCAUGGAGAGAAUCAAGAUCUCCCUAACAGCGGCAGACUUGGUCCGGUACUGUCAGGACCACAGGCGCAGUGACCCUCUGCUCACCGGCAUCACUGCCUCGUCCAAUCCUUUCAAAGACAAGAAGACCUGUGUGCUGCUUUGA